AUGUUCAGAUCCUCGAAGUUUACUUUUUUCUGCGACGAUAUUAAGCUACCAUAUGUCGCUGUCACCGCGGUUAAAUUAUGUCAGACAAAAACACGGUUUUUGGCAGGGGCUCAAAGAAUACCUCCGUUGAGGUGUGAAAUUGUGAAAUUGUGUCGUGGUCAUCCACGUUUAUUUCGCUAG